AACUAACUGUCAUGCAGCGUCAAGUGCAGCGUUCUCGACGUCAAGCUACUCUACCCUGGCUACUAUAAAUUACUAUCCUCACCUUCCAUUCACGUCACAGGGUUUCGGCACUGUCUGUAUACGGACCGUCGAGGUAUUGUGAACGGUAGUUGUCGAAGCCAGUGCCGACAGGUGGAUCAGUUUUCCUCCAUACAACACCUCCUGGCGCAUGUACCAGCUGACUAUCAUAAAAUGAUGAAGAAGUGCACCUGGACAGUCGAUCAAGCUGUAUAAGAAGUAGUGAGUAAUGAAUUCCAACGAUGGCAAUACCAAAACUAUUACUUUCGUUGGUUGCUCUGGGUAACGUCUUAGCUCACGACAAUGGUCUCGCUAUCACACCUCAGAUGGGAUGGAACACAUGGAAUCAUUUCGGUUGCGACAUUAGCGAUGCUACAAUCCUCAACGCAGCAAAGGCUUUAAUCGCGAAUAACCUCACCCAGUUCGGAUAUAACUAUGUGCUUAUGGAUGACUGCUGGCAUGCACCUGCUCGUGAUAGUGCUACAGGUGCUCCUGUUGCGGACCCACAGAAGUUUCCGAAUGGCAUCAAGGCGUUGUCGGAUGAAAUACAUAACCUUGGUUUGAAGUUUGGCAUUUACAGCAGUGCAGGAGUAUAUACCUGUGGAGGAAAGUUUGGUUCACUCGGAUUCGAAGAGAUCGACGCAAAGACGUAUGCCGAAUGGGGCGUCGAUUAUUUGAAAUACGAUAACUGUUUCAACGAAGGCCUAGCAGGCACUCCUAAGAUCUCGCAUGAUCGGUACGCCAACAUGUCGAGGGCGUUGAAUGCGACGGGUCGUCCUAUUCUUUACUCCAUGUGCAACUGGGGUGAAGAUGGACCAUGGAACUUUGCUCCUACCAUCGCAAAUAGCUGGCGUAUUUCAGGAGAUAUUGUUGACAUGUUCGACCGCUUCGAUGAGCGAUGCCCUUGCACAUCCGUACUUGACUGCAAGCUUGCCGGAUUCCACUGCGCAAUGGCCCGUAUUAUCGACUUUGCAGCUCCUGUUGGGCAAAAAGCUCAUUCAGGUGCUUGGAACGACUUGGACAUGCUCGAAGUGGGGAAUGGUGGAAUGACCUUCGACGAAUAUGUUACGCACUUCUCGUUCUGGAGUAUCCUGAAGAGUCCACUCAUCCUUGGGAAUGACGUAACCAACAUGAGCAACGAGACCCUGACAAUCAUCACCAACAAAGCACUCAUUGACAUCAACCAGGAUGCUGGUGUUGGUCCUGCAAACCGGAUGUGGAAGAGAACCAUACCGGAUGGCGGCGACCUGCAACUCUGGGCCGGAAGUCUGUCCAACAACCGCUUCGUGAUCGCGCUUCUGAAUACUUCUCCCAAGCAGCAAACUACCGAUGUCGAUUUCACCGAUGUAUUCGUUGACCAGGGAAAAGCAUACCAACAGCAACCCUACCAACUUUCUGAUCUUUGGCAGAAAGACAGCACUGGGAAUUGGGGUAAGAGCGUGGGGACAGUCCAAGGGAGCAUACGCAACGUCCGUAUUGGUGCACAUCAGACAAAGGUGUGGCUUGCAGUACCUGCACCCUCAAGCAAGAGAGCCCUGGGAGAACUGUAGAGCGCAAGAAAUAUACCCAAGAAAUAUAUUGAACGUGAUACAGAUUC